AAAUGUACUAUAACGGAAGUACACUGUAGUAUAUAAAGAAGUUUUGACACUAUUUCCGAACCCCUUAAAAGCACGUCCGCAUCGCAAAUUUUGACGACCCGACAACAACCUAAAAAAGUAUGAUGGAGGCUAUAUCCACUUCCAGGCUUGCACUCAGCUUAUGGAGCAUUAGGACCUGAAAUAAUUUAGCCAAUAAUAGCUUUGUAACCAACAUGUCCGCUUUUAUAUGAAUCGGCAAACGUAGUGAAUUUUUGAUAUAUCAGGAACCGUUUGAGAAGAGAAAUUCAGUAAAUCACACCGAAUCCUGAGAAUUUGAAGGGGAUAGGACAUUAAAUAUUUAUAGAGCUGUAGUAAGUGAGUAUAGUGAAGCCCUACUGUAUUAUCGAGCGGUAUAGCUUGAAAGUCUCUUCCUUCCAUGAGGCUGUUCAGUUACCAAUCACCGGCUUUUUUUUCGGUGCCGGACAAUUACGCGGACAGCACCCUAGAAAGAGGUGGUCAGUGCUUACAUUGGAUAUCCCUUAAUGUUCCUGACCCAAUUGCAAUUACUGGUGCACCCUUUUUAGAACACUUUUAUUGAAUGAUAUAUAAAUGAAAUGUACCAAUAAAAGAAGAAAUAUAAUAAUCACUUUACUUUGAUCCAGGUUGCUUUUUUUCUUGUUCCUUUUCUGCAGGGAUCUUGAGUAAAUAGUCAUACUCUUGGUAUGGCUUUUUGCAUGGUUUGCCUGUAGGUACUAUGAAGGUGGGAU